AUGAAACUAAACUUAUUGAACAUAGUCUGUUUUUUGCUUUUUUCUGUUAAUUUAGUCCUAGGCGAUUGGCAAUAUCGCUCGAGACCAGAUUUAGCUCCUCCAACGUUGAAUAUUACGAUAUUUCCAGAUGAGGAUAUUUCUCCCGGUUAUUUGUUCCUUGCCCCAUUCAGUGGCUACUCAGAUAUUGGUACUUUUCACGGGCCACGCCAGGCUGCUCCUUAUAUAUUUACAAGUCAAGGGGAAUUAGUUUGGUCUGGAUUUAGUUAUUUUUCUAUUUGGGCAACAAAUUUCCAAGCAGGUAAAUUUGAUGGAAAAGAUAUCUUAUUCUCUUUUGAGGGGUCCCAUAAUCCACUGUAUGGACAUGGGCAUGGGCAUAUAACGUUUUUAAACCAAAAUUACGAAACUAUUAAAGAAUUAAGAGCAGGGAAUCAUAAAAUUAUUGAUAAGCAUGAAUUCCAUAUAAUUAACGAGACAACAGGGCUAGUACAGAUUUACCAACCAGUGCCCAAAGAUUUGGCACCAUAUGGGGGAACCUCGGAACAACAAUGGAUAGUUGAUGCUAUCUUUCAAGAAUUGGAUAUAAAUACGGGAGAGGUCAUUUUUGAAUGGUCUUCAUUGCAGCAUGUUUCACCAGAUGAGUCAGUAUUGUCUAUUAACGAAGGAAAGGCUGGCUCAGGCUUCAAUUCAAGCGACGCUUGGGAUUUUUUCCACAUUAAUUCGGUAGAUAAGGAUGAGCAUGGUGACUACCUAAUAUCUGCAAGAGAUGCAGCUUCAUUAUACAAGAUAGAUGGCAAUACUGGAGAAAUCAUUUGGAAAUUAGGAGGAUUGACCGGAAUUACAAGCUCUGAUUUCAAACACGAUAAAAACUUGACAUUUUCAUUUCAACAUCAUGCUAGAUAUUUAUCAACUUCUGAGGACGGAACUAAGCAAUUAAUAUCAUUUUAUGAUAACUCGGCCCAUGGUACAGAGAACAAAGAUGGUGGCGUGGUUCAAUAUAAUAAACAUUCUAGUGGGAAAAUUGUAGAAGUAGAUACAAAAAACUGGCAUGCCAAGUUAGUUUUUAAUGGUAUUUCACCAGACAAGUUGUUAUCAAAAUCUCAAGGCUCUACCCAAGUUCUACCAAAUGGAAAUGUUUUAGUGAACUGGGGAUCGGAGGGUGCAAUCACGGAAUUUAAAGACGAAAAGCCAAUAUUCAAUGCGUUUGUUGAUUCAGGCCAGUUGGGUAUUCAUGCGGAAAACUACCGUGCUUUAAAAUCGAACUGGACUGGUAAACCAAAUGAAAAAAUUGCUUUGCUUGGUGAAUAUACAGACGACGGAUCAACAAAUAUAUAUGUUAGCUGGAAUGGAGAUACUGAAACAAAGAAAUGGAAAUUCUAUUCUAUUGAAGACAAUGGCACUAGAAGGUAUAUUGGAGAAACCUUAAAAACAGGGUUUGAGAGCCUCAAAAUAUUUGACACUGUGUUUGGAAGAGUUUUGGUGGAAGCAUACGACUCCGAUGAUACUCUAUUAUCUAAGUCUGACCCUGUGUAUACAGAAGCACAAAUUUUAGAGGCGAAAGGUAUCAAGAAACGCCCAAAAUAUGUAGAUGGACGAUAUCAGCCAUAUAUUUUCAACAUCAUUGCAAGAUUAACUUCUAUUACUAUUUGA